GCUCUGACGCUCAGUCGCGCAUCAGACGCCGUGCGGGCCACUCGUUAGCCGAUAUCCGUGCAUGUAGCAGUGCUGUAAUAGUAUCCGUUGCCUGCUGCAGUGUCGUCGCGCGUACAGACCGAACGGGACACGCCGGGUCAUCGGUAUACAUCAUCGCAACAACAACAAUAUUGUUGUACAGGCGUAUCGUGCACAACGCCCUCAUCGUUAAUAUCGUAAAUAAUUUAUUGAUAUUAUAAUACUAUCUCGUCCGUGCUGCAGCUCGCGGCGCACACGACCCGCCGGCAUGCAGUACUCACAGCGACGGUGGUGCAACUCGGCGGUCCCGGUGCUGGUGCUGUCAGCGCUGGUGCUGUUGACGCACGGCGCCACGAUCAAGUUCGACCAGAGUCAGACGGGCGACUACAACCUGCAGAUACACCUGAAGAACAUCGAACUGUACGCGGUGUUCGACGACUCCGGCGGCAGCGAAGACGAAUACGAAGACUUACCUGACUACACGGACGCAGUCGAAGGUCCGGCAAAACCACCGCAGAACGCAUCCUCGACUUACACUCCGACAUCGAGCACAGUGGCCACAGCGGCGGUUGUAAGCAGUACGAAUUCACCAGCGUUGGCCUUGCUUGACCCGUACUCGCCGUCCAACAGCGACAAGAUUGUUCAGAUGGUCGAGGCGCUGAUCGCUAGCAACGGAAACACUUCCGACUUACCCACCGAACAGCCGCCGCCGUCGGCGAUUGCAGUCACACCAUCGUUGUUGUCGUCGCCAUCUCCAUCCGGUCAGUCAUCGUCAGCUGUCGCCACAGCUUCCGCUGCCGCGUCCGCAACGAACAGCACGGCCAAUCGGAAGUGUGGACCUGGAUAUUUCAGGGAUCCGAUGGGUCGGUGUAGGCGCAUCCGAAAACCACAUUUACCGUUUUUGCAAAUGGUACACACUCCAGGAGUGAUCAAGUCAUUCCAACCACAGCAAAGGACCACCGAAGACAUAAGUGUGUCGAAAAAUUAAAAAGAAAACAUAGACUAAAUUAAUUUUGUUUUCAUAUGCUGACAUGCUGCUCCGAACGAAUUACGUUUUAAUAUUUAUUAUUUAUCUUUAAUCUACUUAUGCAUAAGAGUUAACAUAAAUUAUUAUAAUAUUUAACCGUGUGUAAUAUAUAUAUAAUUUAUUAAAAUAAAUGUUAUUUACAUGA